AUGAAAAGGAUGGCUAUGACACUGGAUAAGUUCACCCGCUCGGUGGAUGCCAAGUCUCUCCCUAGAGUACUGCAGAUGCAAUCUGGAUAUUAUUUCCAAGGUUCUGGGUAUGAGCUGUAUGGAAGAGAGGGGAGUUUCUCCUGCGGAGAGCUCCUGAAGGUCAUUGGGAUCAGUGUUACCAGACUCAUAGUGGAACUUCAGUCUGAGGGAUCCAAAUCCAUAACAGUCGAUCUAUCGCUUGACUACCCAGGCCUUUUCAGGAUCGUGACCGACAAGAGGCCAUACACCAGUAUACAGGAGAUUGUUGACUCAGUGCGUAUCAGCCCUGAGUGCCUGGGCCAACCAGAGUUCUACUGCCCUGAGAAGCUACAGCUUCCUGAGGGGACCAUCCAGGCAGAGGAGAGCUUCAGACUCACUGCUCUUAGGACAGAGCAUGGAGACAGCCAUGUUGACUGUGAGGUCACGCGGAAAGACUCCAAGCACAUCUUCACUGUGAAGCUCUCACACACUGGGGAGUUCUAUGAGUGUGCCGACGACCAGUUCUACACCCUCGGGGAGCUGGUGGAGUGUAAAAUGUGCAAAGGAAGGAAAAGGACAGUGACUUGGGCCAAGUCUUUGCCGUCAAAGGAGAAGUGCGUGUCUGAGUUGCCAGAGGACUACAGUGGAGAGUUGGUUCUCACACCUGUCUAUGAGCUUCAGACGGUAUCCAAGUUUGGGAAGAAUGUUGUUUUCAUUCCAUCCACCCUGGAUGUUGAGGUUUUGGACGUUACAGAGGAGAGUGACGGUGCCUGUUUCAUGCAGCCUCUGUCCUUCCGUGAUGUCUUUGCCAAGCCCAGCGAGUUCUUCCCCUUCAAAGCAGAAGUCAUCGAGCCACCAUCACAAGUUCAGGAGGAAUUGGGUUUCCUGAAAUCCUCUAAGCAGGUCAUUGUCCACAGUGCCUACCAGGCGAAGAGAAUCCUAGCAUCUGAGAUUCGCAGCGAGGCCCAGAGACGCUUCCUCAUCCCAGUGUCUUACAAUGGCAGGUUCAAGCGCAGGCCCCGGACAUUUCCCACAGCGUAUGAUCUGGAGGUGGCCAAGAGUAACAUGGAGCAGCUGCACGUAGUGGCCACCAGGGCCUUUGAGACCCACUACGAGGGGCUGUCCUCGGUGCUGGUGGGAGACCAGUACCUGGUACACAAGAUGGAGACAAGCGAGGUGAUCUACGGAGACAAGAGGAAGACGGUGGAGGCCCUGGCCUGUGAGAAGAUGGUGGGGAAGAAGUACGAGGCCGUGUUGAUCCCCAUGUGUCUGGACGGGGGUUUUGUGGAGGUGGUCCACGACAAGAAGCAGUACAUGCUCUCAGACAUCUGCCACAGGUUCGCCCUGCCCUUCAACGUCAAGGUGUCCAGGAGGGACCUCUCAGUGAAGGAGGACCUCUUGGCUGGGGCCACGGGGCUGCAGUUGGAGGAGGAGAUCACUGACCCUUACCUUAUUGUUUCCACCCUGGACCUGGCCCAGUGUUGGGAGGUGCCUGUCAACCGCACCAACAUGGCCUUGCAGCUUCUGGAGCGGUGGAAUGGCCCAAAGCUGACCCAGGGCGAGGCCGUCCGCUCAGCUGUAGAGGAGAUAGGAGAGGACUGCUACUUCACCCUGAGGAGGUAUGUCAAUGCCAGCGUGCUGCCUCCCCCUCGACCACCCAAGAGACCCCAAAAGCACUCAGAAGAUACAGUGAAACUGCCGCCUCCCAGGCCGAAGAAGCCAGAUCCCCCCUCUCCAAAGGUGAGUCGGCCAUCCAUUGUAUUUUAUGCCUUAAUAAACAAUAACAACAACAAUAGCUAUCAGAUGUAUUUUAACGAAAAGUUAUAUUCAAUCGAUUACAGUACUAAUUCUUUGUGUGGUCUGUGUUAUUAUAUUGAAGAGCCCACAUACAGCCAAUACAGCCAAACCAGCAUCUAGCUGUGCAGAACAGAACACCCCUCCACCAAGAAAUGAAACUUCCAAAACAAGUCUGGUCACAGUGCCUGAUUCAGGCCCAC